AUGCGUAAUAGUAAUAUAAGUGUAAAUCAUCGUUUAUUUAUACGAAAUUUUCUUACUGACUUCCGUCGUCAGUCGAGUGUCAAUGAAUAUAAACUUCCAAAUGCAUUGUCACUUGCAGUUACCGAUGAAGAAGCAGCAGAUUUAUCAGCAACACGUUUAUCAAUAUCAAAUUCAUUAACGAGUGUUCAUAAACAAUGUGAAGAUGAAGAUAAUGAAGAAUCAAAUCAAUUAAUUGAUAUCGGUCGUGUUGCUUCAUGGGCUGUUGGUUUUGAAAAAUUGCUCAAUGAUGAAAUCGGUUUACAUGUCUUUACAGAAUUUUUAAAAAAAGAAUUUAGUCAAGAAAAUAUUCAAUUUUGGGUUGAAUGCGAAAAAUUAAAAAAAUUGUCAGAUCAAGAUGAAAUUCGUAACAAAGCUAAUUCUAUUUGGUCAACGUAUUUACAUGAUACAGAUGAUGGUUCAUGCCGAAUCAAUAUCGAUAGUCGAACACGACAAGAAUGUCAACAAUCACUAUUAAAUAAACCUAAUGCUCAUAUAUUUGAAAAGGCUCAAUCUCAGAUAUUUCAAUUAAUGAAACUUGAUUCAUAUACAAGAUUUUUAAAAUCUAAUAUGUAUAAAGAUUGUAUUAUGAGUGAAAUGGAAGGAAAAUCUAUACCAUAUACAAUGAAGCCACAACAAACAUCAGUAAAUAGUGAAGAACGUUCGAAAACAAUUGAUUCUCUUGGUAAAUUGAAAGAAGAAGAGAAAAAAGAUAAAAAAAAAAGUCCACUUUUGCCUUGGACAAAAGCAUUAAUUAAAUGGAAACGUCUAUCAGUUAAACGUGAUACACCCUCAUCAUCGUCUAAUUUUUAUCAACAUCAAACUGCAAAUGCUAGUACAAAUACAACAAUAUAUGAAAACUUUUAUUUACCGAUAACAAAUAAAUCAGCAUCAGCAGAAUUAACACCGAUAUUACAUUUAAAUAAAACUCCAGCUGCAUCAUCAUCAUCAUCAAUUUGCCUUCACAGUCCAACAUCAUCUCCAUUAGUAACCAUUGGAAAUUUUAAUAAAAUGAAUAAAUAUUCAUCAAAUAUUAAUCAGCAGGAUUCAUCAUUGUUUAAUGUUGUUUCACAUUCCGAUACAAAUCAAGAUUAUAAUGAUAAAAAAUUUAUAAUUAAAUAUUCUUCAAUAUCAUCAAUAGAUUUCUCUCGGUUUUGUCGUUUUAUAUUUCCGGAUUCAACAUCAGCGGUUAUUUUAACAUACAAUUCUACAAAUACUAUUCAAACAGCGAUUAAUCGUUUAUUUGCUAAACGUGGACUUACAUGGUAUCGAACUGAAUUAUAUUCUAUUGAUCAACAACCAAUUAAUAUUCAAGAACCCUUAUCAACAUUAUCUGGAAAGGAAAUUUAUGUUGAAACGCGUAUAUUAAUACGUCUUGAUUUUCCAGCAAAAACUCUAUGUGUACGAUGUAAUCCAAAACGAACACUAUUACAAGUUUUACAACCAAUUGUUGACAAAUUAAAUUAUUCUAUUGGACAAUUUAUUUUUUAUGCUAAUAAUUCAUUAAUACCACUUAAUUUAAAUGAAACUGUUGGAUGUUAUGAUAAUCAAAGAAUAUUUACUUUAAUAAGAACAGCAUCGGGUGUUGAUACGUCAACUAAACAAAAGAUAAGAACAGCAAAUGAUAUAUUUGAAAUGAUAUCAGAAAAUGAUGAAGAUAUUAAAUUUGAUGAAUGUGGAAUAUUAAAAAUAGUUACAAAAUCAAAAUCAACAUUUGUUGAUGAUUAUCUUUUUUUUCAACACCUGAAACAUCUUUGA